CUCUUCAUUUCAUUUCUUUCUCUUUGCAAAGAAAGCAAAAGGGAAAAUGUACAAGGCGAAGUUGCAGGAGCUGUGCCAGCAAAAGCGAUGGGCAUUGCCAAGGUACACUUCCAUGAAAGAUGGCCCUGAUCAUAUCCCUCGUUUCAAAGCCUCUGUUUUUCUCAACGGCAUGUCGUUUCACUCUUCCACCUCCUGCAAAUCCUGUAAAGAAGCCCAAAACGACGCUGCUAAGUCAGCUUUCCUUCACUUCACUUCUUCCUCCCCUGCUGCUAACCCAACUCCUGCCCAAGUGGUUAAUAUUGGAUUUUACAAGAAUCUGUUACAAGAGUUAACUCAGAGAGAAGACUUUAAUACACCAGAGUAUAAGACAAUGAAAUGUGGUGUGCCUCAUAGGCCAACAUUUUUUUCCAGUGUGGAAGUGGAAGGAGAGGUUUUCUAUGGGAAAGGAGAGAAAUCGAAGAAAGAAGCUGAGAUAAACGCUGCUAAAGUUGCUUACACCACUCUAACGGAGCGCUUACAGGGAAAGUGCUCUGGGUUCUGUUCACCUGAACUCUUUGCAGAUGAACCUCUUAAGUCUAUGUUUACCUCAGACUUGGUUACUGCCGUAGAAAAUGAAGAACAUGAUGAAGAAAGCUUACAGGGUAGGAGCUCUGAGUUCUAUCCACGUGACCUCGUGGCAGAUGGACCUCUCACAUCUAUGUAUAGCUCAGACUUGGCUACUGCUGUAGAAAAUGAAGAACAUGCUGAAGAGAUGCCAGAAGUGAAAGCAGGAGACAAUGUGUUCUCCAAUGCCACAACCAGUUCUGACAACUUAUCUUCUUGCUCUAAAUCCGUGCCUGUCUCUGCCAAAGAAAGCUUGUUGUCUACUACAUCAAUGCAUCUAGACAUUUCUGCUCUAUCAAUUUCAGACUCAAAUAUGAAGAAGGGCCCAGGAUCGAGUAGUUAUUUACUUAACAACAGGUUCAGAGUUUAUCGAUGCUUUCCUGACAUUGCAUUUCCUAAAGGCAUCACUGUCCUGCCUAUCAGCGAGGACAGCUGGGCGGCUGUGAGCUUGGAAUUCCCAAAUGAAAAGGAUAAUUGA